AUGGUGCCUAAGGGAAGAACCUUUGUGUUGCAACCUACGGUUUUUAAAGGUCCUUGCAACUCUCCAUCCAUUAAUUUCAAGAUUCGAGGGACUAUAAUGGCUCCAAAGGACAUCAGUGGCUGGAAAUGGCCAAGCAGUGACAAAAACGCAUGGCUUCAUUUUCAGUACAUAAAAGGACUUGCUGUGGAUGGCAGAGGACUUUUUGAUGGCCAAGGUGCCCCUUGGUGGGACUGCUUCAAAAAAUCCCAAUGUCAUAAGCGUCCACGUGCUAUAUCAUUUCAUGCAUGUGAAGGGCUUAAAGUUAACAGGGUGAAUUUGAUUAACACCCCAGGAGGUCACAUCUCCUUAAACGGCUGCAAUGGCUCUGUAGUCUCCAACAUCCACCUUCGUGCUCCUAAUGAUAGCCCUAACACUGAUGGUCUUGGAAUAUCUAGCUCAUCCCAUGUCACAAUCCGUGAUUCUAUCAUGGAAGUUGGUGAUGACUGCGUGGCCAUUAAUGGAGGUUCCUACAUGAACAUCAGUCGCAUUUUCUGCGGACCUGGUCAUGGCAUAAGCAUUGGAAGCCUGGGAAUUGGUGGAACCUAUGGCGCAGUGGAAGAGGUCCAUGUCAGAAAUUGCACCUUCACCAGAUCUUCAAAUGGAGCAAGAAUCAAGACUUGGGAGGUAAAACACACAUACCAAAAAAAAAAAAAGUAAAAUAAAAUGAUUUUAAACUGCAUGCUUAAUAACAAUGAUGAUUCAGUAUUAAAAAGAUAAGAAGUUAAAACCUAACUUGCUCAGACUAGAUUAGACUGUCUCUUUGCUGAUAAGCG